AUAAGAUUAAAGUUCGUCUGUAGUGUAGUAGCUGGUACUUUGUAAUAGUUGAUUUCAAGAUUUUGUUAUUUUUUUACUGUUUUUUCUACUUUUGUAUUAAGUUUAGUUUUAUUUUGUAUCUCCCAAGUAUUUUCUUAUAUAGAUAUUAACUCUUAAGUGAAAACAGGAAGCAUUUAUUUAUAAUAAUGAUUAACGUUCACAAAAUUUUUAAUAAAGAGAACACGGUUCUAAGAAGUUUUAUUCAACGAAAAAACUUUUCUAAACGUAAAAAUAUCCGUGAUAUUGAAUACCAGUACAUACAGAAGAGUAAAGUGCCUACUAUGCAUUUUCAAAAAUCUCUACCUCGUUUACCUAUACCGGAGUUAUCUAAGUCUGGUGAACGUUAUCUAAAUGCAUUACGGCCCUUAUUAAACAGCGAGCAUUACGCCGCAGCAGAGCAUAGAACUAAUGACUUUAUAGCUAAAGAGGGUAAAAACUUACAGUCAGAAUUAAUUGCAAAAGACAAAAGAAACAAACACACAAGUUACAUAUCAGAAUAUUGGUUUGAUCUGUACUUACGUGAUCGAGUUCCUUUGCCGAUAAAUUAUAAUCCACUGAUUGUAUUCCAAAAUGAUAGUCGACCAGCUUACAAUAACCAGUUGGUAAGAGCAACUAACUUGUUGAUAAGUUCGGUUCGUUUUAUGGAGUCCCUUAGAGAGCAGAUUCUUGAGCCUGAGGUUUUUCAUUUGAAUGCUAAAAAGAGUAACACUGAGUUCUUUAGGACAUUCACAGGGAUGUUACCAGAAGCUGUAUCAUGGUAUGGUGCUUAUCUUAUGAAAGCAUUUCCCCUAGAUAUGAGCCAGUUUGUAGGAUUAUUUGGAUCUACAAGGAUUCCUAAACUAACAAAAGACAAAAUUUUCAGAGAUCCUACUAGCAAACAUGUUGUUGUACAGAAAAAUGGAAACUUUUAUGCUUUUGAUGUAUUAGACGCAGAUGGUAACAUAUUAUCACCUACUGAACUACUAGGUAACUUGUCUCGUAUAUUGAAUGAUCCUUCUCCUAAAGCUGAUCAUCCACUUGGCAUAUUAACUACUCAGAACCGUGAUGAUUGGGCCAGACAAAGAGUUCAUUUAGAGGAAACUGGCAAUGGAGAAACAUUAAGAAAGAUAGACUCUGCAAUUUUCAACUUGGUUUUAGAUGAUAUUGUCAUAGAUGACAAUAAACAUUUGCUCUUAAGACACUUUCUACAAGGUGAUUCGAAUAAAUGGUUUGAUAAAUCAUUCAACCUGAUAGUAACGGGUGAUGGGGUCUCCGGCGUCAACUUCGAGCACUCGUGGGGUGACGGCGUGGCAGUGCUCAGAUUCUUCCAAGAUGUCUACAAUGAGACCACGACCAAGCCUUACAUACACCCAGAUUCAAAACCUUCGGACAACAAUAUCAGUGUUCAAAAGUUAGAGUUUAACUUGGAUGAUAAAUCGAAGGGUUUUGUAACUAAGGCCUUAAAAGACUACAAAAAUUGGUGCGACACUAUAAGCAUUGACUACAUUCUAUACGAAGGUUUGACAAAGGAGGCUUGUAAAAAGUUUAAAGUCAGUCCAGACUGUAUAAUGCAGCUAGGAUUCCAGGCUGCGUAUCAUUUACUGCACGGCGCGUUCGUGGGCACGUACGAGUCGUGCAGCACGUCCGCGUUCAAACACGGACGCACGGAGACCAUGAGGCCGUGCACUGACCACACUAAGCUGUUUUGUGAUAAACUUCAUCUAAACAAUUCGCCCAAAGAGGAACUGCGCUCAAUCAUGGCAGAGUGCUCAAUAUACCACAGCGAGUUGGUCAAACAAGCCGCUAUGGGACAAGGCUUCGACCGGCAUCUGUUCGCGUUGAGGAAAAUCGCCGAAGAAAAUAACUUGCGAACACCAGAGCUGUUCGAUUCAUACGAAUAUAAGUAUUUGAAUAAAUCGAUACUAAGUACCAGCACGUUGUCGGCGCCGAGUGUGAUGGCGGGCGGUUUUGGACCCGUAGUUAAAGAAGGUUUUGGCAUUGGGUAUUCAGCGUUCCCUGACAAACUGGGCGCAGCCGUGACCAGCUACAAGCCUCACAACGACAGCUCACAGUUUAUCGAAGCGUUGCACAAAUCAUUCCUAGAUAUCACUAAAAUAUUGUCCGGUUAACUUUGUGUUGCAACUAGUGUUGUGCCGCAGGGAAAUUCUAUAUUCUCGGAUUUAAAGUACUUUCUCGAUAAUUUCCGCUGUGCAGAACGUUUCUUUACUUUUUCCGAGACAUUUUUGUAAACGGCACAUCGCUAGUUACAACAGUAGUGAGCCGUCCGUUAAUCACUUGAUGUUUCUUUAGCAUUUAACUCAUCAUAACUAUGAAAUAACACGCCGCUUUUGGUUUAAAAUUCGAGCAUUUGACGAAAAUAUAAAUACACAUGACAUCUUACUACAUCCCUGUUGUUAUAUUUCGUCAUUUUUGCUGAACCUCGAGACUCACGUGAUUAAGAAAAGUGCAUCAUCUUCUAUUCGCUCAUACAAGAAAGAGAAAUGCGUUAAUAAUAAUUUUGGCUCUCUAUUCAUCUGUAUGAAGAUAUAGAAGGCUUGUGAUUAAGAUGUAAAGUUUUAUAUCAUCACUAAAAAGUGAAAAAAUAUUUAUACUUCUGUUAAAAAAAGAAGGAUAAGGGAUCAACAAAGUUUAAUAUUGUUAGUAUUUUGUACAUUUUUUUAUUAAUUUAUUUUAGAUUUUAUAAACAUACAUACGGUUUAGUCCAAUCAACUAGGUUAGAGGAACAGUGGACCGCAUGUUAAGUUAAGUAUUGAUUCUGCAAUAGGGGCGAAUUUGCAAUUAAUCUAGGAUCGAUUUUUAUUCCACUAUUUCUUAUAACUGCUUGGUAUCUUUGUUAAUCAGUUUUUCUAUUUUAUAAUACCUAAUACUUAAAGUGCCUUUAUAAAUGCCUUAUCAAUGCAAUAUUACUAUCAUUAGGUAGUUGUGUGUUUAAAGUAGCAUGUGAAAUAAUAUAUUUUUCAAAAUAAACUAUUUAUUUAUAA